AUUAUAAAUGCAUGUAUCGAACUCCUGCUGUUUCAAUACAGCACUGUUGUUUUGAACUGUCUUGAACAACUUAAAAAUGCCCCACCACAAGAUAAAGGUUUCAAUUACCCAAUUGGUGGCGUAUUCUAAAGUUAAGCCAACAUUUGAUUAAGGGAUUUGGUUCAAAUUUGUAUAAAUGUUUAUAUUUUUGUCGUAUAUUGAGCAGAAUUCAAGAUGGAGGCCGAUGUGUCUGGACGAGACCAUCAUCCGCAAGACAUCAGAAGCUCUGAAGAAGAAGAAGAAGAAGAUGAGGAGAGUCCUGAUGAAAACCAGAACCUUUUGAGACGUUCAGUCACCGAUGACGGCGAUUCCAAGAACACCUUGCAAGUUCCAGAUGGUCGAGGGCGGUCUCUCAGCUCUCCCAGCAUCAGCCCCAAUAUCCUACUCACCUUCUCGGCACCGUCAGAAACUGCAAGGAGAUUAUCGGGGAGCAGUAGAAUAUCAUACAAGACGUUCGACUGGGAUUCGUCUAAAAUGAAUAAGGAGGAAGGCGCAGAAGCCCGUAUAGAAAGUUUCAUCAAGGCUAGCAAGUCAAUGCUGGGGUUACAGUGCGAGGAUGCAGAGAUCUCGGCUGCAGAGCGGGAGGUGGUGGUGGCAGAACUGCAGCAGGAGAUUUCGGCGAUGCCCGGCGUCUUCUCCAAUAACAAUUCAGCUCAGACGACUGUUGAUAGGAGGAAAGCCUUCCUGCGUAUGACCUCACUGAACUCUGACCUGUCUAUCGAACAUGAGGUCGCGUGCAGGCAGAGAACAUGGACGGAUGAGGUCGAUUCUCCAGUGAGGAGCGGUAAAGGUGUUCCUUACAUGACGCUACAUGCCAAGCCUGUACCAUACCAAGGCAAGGGCAGGCGUAUAUUUAUCGAGAAAACUCCAAUCCAUAUCAAGAUAGUCGAUUGCGGUAGAGUGCAUUCAACUCUGCACCUCAACCCAAACCUGUACUACAUAGAGAUCGAGCAUGGCCCGUGCACCUGGGCGGUGCGUCGACGGUAUAACCACUUUCUUCGGCUUCACGAGGAGCUUAUCUUGUACAAGGCCAGGCUUCAUAUACCCGUGGGUAGAGAGAGCCAUCGGGAGAGGCACAGAACGUUCAGAGAACUGCCAGAUGAUGUCAACGACCUACCUCAUUUCCCAAGGACGUUAGAUGCGCUCGUCCGGGCACAUCAGCUGUCCAAAAGAAUGCUCCAGCUGGAGAAAUAUCUACAGGGCGUCGCCAAUAAUCCACUCUACAUAAACCAUCCUAAAAUGUUGGAAUUCCUGGAGGUCAGUCAUAUCUCUUUUGUGGAUGAGCUUGGUGAGAAAGGGAAAGAGGGCUGGGUGAUGAAGAGAUCAGGUGGGAGAAGGGUUCAGCUGGGCUGCUUCUCAUCUCUCUCCUGCAGUGCUAAUAGUCACUACAGUAAAAGGUGGCUGAUUGUGAAGGAUUCAUUUGUGGCUUACGUCCGACCCAAAGACGGCCUGUUGAGGGCGGUGUUGCUGAUGGAUCAAGAUCUCAAAGUUGCCGUUGGGAGAGAGAAUACGGGCCUCUACCACGGUCUGAAGAUCACCAAUACAUUCAGGAAUUUACUUCUACGGUGCAACCACAAGUCAGUGGCCCUGGACUGGAAGGCUGAUAUUGCAAGAACCGCAGAAUCUUGUGAAUACACCUUUGACAACCCUCACGGCUCCUUCGCGCCUCCGAGGGACGACACCCUGGUUCAGGGGUUUGCAGAUGGCUCGGACUACUUUGAGUCCAUCGCUGAUGCACUGGAGACAGCCAAACAACAGAUCUUCAUCUUAGACUGGUGUUUGAAUCUUCAGAUCUUCUUGAAGAGACCACCUACAAAAGACAACAGAUGGAGACUGGAUUGCAUCCUAAAGAGAAAAGCAGAUGAAGGUGUCAAAGUGUUUGUGUUGCUCUACAAGGAGGUUGAAAUAGCUCUCAACCUAGGGAGCCUUCACACCAAGCAAACUCUCCUUGCCCUACAUCCCAAUAUCAAAGUGAUGCGACACCCCGACCACCUCCCGGGUGGGGCUGGGGUCAUGCUCUGGGCCCACCACGAGAAGGGCGUCAUCAUUGACCAGCGCAUUGCCUUCAUUGGGGGCAUCGACAUCUGCUACGGACGAUGGGACGAUUUCAGACACAGGCUGGUCGAUACGGGGGAUGCUUGCUAUCAACAGGAAGAGCCUGUCGGGGAGGAUGUACCGGAUGGCAGAGCCAAGCAAGCCAGAAACCAAAAUGGAAGUUUAGGCCAUAAUGGAUACCUGACAGGUGUGGAGAAGAGAAUGCACCAACUCGGAAGCGUAGAGGGCGCUAAACAGCUUUGGCUCGGCAAAGACUACUACAAUCCAAUCUUCAAAGACGUGGUCCAACCAGAACUCCCAUUUGAAGAGACGAUGGAUCGUUCAUCUGUACCCAGACUGCCCUGGCACGACAUUGCUGCAGUCGUUCAUGGGAAGGCUGCCUUAGAUGUUGCCAGACAUUUCAUACAGAGGUGGAAUUUCACAAAGGAGCAGAAGAAGAAGGAGAUGUCAGAUGUUCCUUUACUCAUCCCUAAAUCAUCUGCUACGGUUUCAGAUGUUGGCCUUCCUUGCACUCCGGGGGCUUCACGCUGCAGAUGUCAGAUCUUGCGGUCUUCAUGCCAAUGGUCGGCUGGGAUGCAGCAUGUCGAGGAUUCCAUUCACCAAGCCUACAUCCAUGCCAUCAAUAACAGCAAACACUAUAUCUACAUAGAGAAUCAAUUCUUCGUCUCUAUAGCCGAUGACCCUGAUGUCUCGAAUGGGAUAGCGGAUGCAAUCUUUGAGAGGAUUGUAAGGGCUCAUAGAGCUGGUGAGACAUUCCGUGUGUACAUUCUGAUGCCACUCCUACCGGCUUUUGAGGGGGAUGUUGGGGGCGAUAGCGGUGCCGCCAUACGGGUCAUCCUUCACUGGGAGUACAGGUCCAUCAUCAAAGGAGACAACGCAAUCCUACAAAGACUCUAUCAAGAAGACAUCACCUCACCUGAAGAGUACAUCAAUUUCUAUGGCCUUCGCACCCAUGAUGCUCUCGGUGGCAAGCUCGUCACAGAACUUAUCUACAUCCACUGCAAGCUGAUGAUUGUGGACGAUACCAAAGUCAUCCUCGGCUCGGCCAACAUCAACGACCGCAGCAUGCUGGGGUCUCGGGACAGCGAGCUGGCGGUGUUGAUCGAGGACACGGAGAUGGUGGGAAGCGUGAUGGACGGCGAGAGGUACAUGGCCGGCAAGUUUGCUCUCCAAUUCAGGCAACAACUCUUCAGAGAGCACUUGGGCAUAUUGAAAGGUUGUGAUGGUAUUGAUGUAUCGGACCCUGUAUCAGAUGCGUUUUAUAACGACACAUGGACCAGGUUUGCCGUCACCAACACCAACAUAUAUGAUGAGGUGUUCAAAUGCAUCCCGACUGAUAGAGCUACCACUUACCUCGAAUUGCAGCAGUUCAAGAGAGAGCCUUCCCUUGCCCAUAGCGACCACGAUGCAGCUGAAGAGAGACUCGCAGAGGUCACAGGUCAUCUGGUGUCAACACCGCUGAACUUCUUAUGUGACGAGAACCUGCAGCCUAGCAUGGGGGAAACCGAGGGCCUCGCUCCAACCAGAUUGUGGGUAUGACAUUGACAAAGACCCGAGCAAAACGGUUAUUCGUGAACCGUGUUCCUUCAAGUCUUCAGUGAAAUUGCAAUAAGAUUUUAUAGAUUUUUGAUAAAGAUGGGUUGGAGUGAGAGCACGUUCUUACUUUCAUAGCCUGUUCAUACUACAUGAAGUUUAUGUGAAAUUAAAGAAUUAACGUAACGCUGUAUGAAGCGUUGUAAAACAAGAGGGGCGUACAGAUGAGAUCUGGGAAUUGGGACUGUAGUUAUGAAGAGGUCAGUUGACCCGACAGCUGGCAGUGCACGCUCACAGUAACAAAUUUUGUACGAUAGAACGUUCAGAUUAGAAUGGGACCCUGAUUCUUUAUAACGUGUUCAUAUGAAACAUCAUGCUCUAACGUGCGCUGCGCUAUAUGACAUUUCAUUAUACAACGUUUUUUAUACAACGUUCAAAUGGGAUACUGGAUAGUGUAAUUACUUAUAAUGUUAACAUGCGAUUCGUGUAUAGCUAUACGCUAACUUGUGUAAGUCUGAACAUGGUGUCAGAUCUCAUGGUUUAGGGUUUUAAACAGUUUUAAGAUGCUAUUUUUGACCCGAAAUGAACUUAAGUAAAUGUCUCUGAAAGAGGAGAUGUUUUGUCUAAUCCUCCAAUAUGAUACCUUGAAAAUCAUUCAAAUUUCUACUACUUAUGCCUUGAGAAUUUAUCUACUUAUUAAGCCUUGCAUUCCUUUUUGAAAUAAUGUACAUUGAAUUUAUUCACUUUGUAAAUCGUAUUGCUUUUUUUAGCACUGUAGUGACGGUUAAAGAUAAACUUGAGUACUGGUAA